CUCUGCUCUGUCUUGCACAGAGUAGUUACCCCUUGUUAUAAACACACCUUCUCUUAGCAGUGAGGCUAACGCCAGCGUUGGGCAGGAAAAAGAGGGCAACCAAGUCUGCAUUUAUAAUGGAGAGAAAAAAAUAGGAUAAAAGCUCCUCACCGUGUUUCCUUUAUACAUAUAGAAACAAACAAGGGCAUGGAUCUAGUUCUCCCUCCCCCCAUCAAAAUCUUUGAGUUAAAGGCUGCUUUUUUUCUAUAUAGAAUCAUAGACGAUUAGGGGUGUAAGAGACCUCAGAAGGUCAUCUAGUCCAACCCCCUUGCUCACCACCAACUAAAUAUAAAGAACAUUGAGAAAAAACAUCUAACAUUUGAAGUUAAGCUUUGUAAAGAUGGCACAAUAGGUCAUGUACUGUAUUAAGGGCUUGAUCAGGUGGGGGCCCCAGGGGCUAUACUAUUGGGUGCAAGAGACUGGCAAAGUCAUCACAGGCAUUGGGACCUAGCCUUAGACUCCAGGAGACACCAUUAUUAUUUCAUUAGGAUCAUCCACUGAGCUUGCCUGGAUGGCCUCAUACUCCUGAGCUGUAGCUCAGGAAAGCUUAUGCUCAAAUAAAUUUGUUAGUCUCUAAGGUGCCACAAGUACUCCUUUUCUUUUUGCAAAUAUAGACUAACAUGGCUGCUACUCUGAAUCCUAUUUUAGAUUUUUUCUGCACCUAUGUUAUGAUUGACUCAGUUCUUAAAUUAUGAAUAUUUAAGACUCCUCCCACCACAGAAACUUACUCAUUUCAUGGAAGGAGGGGGAGAAAAAAAAAAACAAUUGAUCUGCCCAGUAAUUACCAGCCCUUGCUUCUGGACAGUUUUGGGCACUUCACGUAAAUGGCCUUGCUCUGUCUCUUUGCAUCUGUACCCAGAUGAGAAAAUAACGGGUUUGUUUAAGGGCCUCCCUUUUGUCUCUAAACAAAUAAAAUACUUCAGUGCAAAAGACAUGUGGGUCAUAUAAGCAAAAGUCUUGGAUUGUUAGUUCUUUUGUUUUCUGGGGGUGGGCGGUGGGGAAGUUAUGUGACAAGGGAAGAGGAGCAGAGUGUUUAACCAAAAAGGAGCAGCAUUGGUGCAAAGCAGGACACUGAAGAAGGGACAACAUUCUUCAGAAUGCAACCUCUAGGGUGGAUUUCAACACCUGGGAACUGGAGGAAAAAAGUUGCCAUGGCUGCAAGUCAUAAAAAUACACUAAUUGGGAAUAUUUUCAAUAAAUUUCUGUACCUCUGGCUAAAAAUGAACACCUGCCAAAUGUAAAUAAUGCAACAAAGAUGCAAGGUCUGGUUGUCAACAUGAAACCUUAUGAAAAAUGUUACUCAGAAGGCAAUGACUUUGAAGGUGUGGACAUUUCUGAACAAUCUGGAUCAACUGGGUCCACUUUAGAUAUAAGGGGUUAUGAAGGUCCAUCAUCUGCAAUGUCUACAACUUCAGAGUCAUCUGCUGGCACCUCUAGUAGUGGUAUAACUAAACAUACGGGCAGUAAAUACCUGUAUCGACAAAAAGACUCCUUCCAGUAAAGCCAUGAAUAAAUUCAUAAAUCAGGGCCAGCAAAUAAAAGACUCCAUAGAUGAAAUGAUUGCUCAGUUCAUUUAUGCAACAAAUUAGCCCUUCCAUCUUGUUCAGACCGACCAUUUCAUUGACAUGACCAGGCUACAUGCCACCAGGCGGAGCAGACAUUGCUGGAAGGUUGCUGCAUACAGUGUAUCAGAAGGAAAUUGAACAGUGUGCAAAAAGCAUUGAUAGGAAAUUUGUUAACCUAAGUCUUGAUGAGUGGAGCAAUAUACACAGUAUGCCGUAACAUGUGUUUGUGUGGCAACAGAAGAUGGUGAUGUCUAUCUUACAGAAACAGUCAAUACAUCAGGAAAUGCUCAUAUAGCAGAAUACUCAAAAGUAGCAGCAGUAAAAGCUGUAACAAAACAGCAAAAAUUCAAGUGUGAAGUACAUAACUUGGUCACAGACAGUGAUGCAGAUGUAGUAAAGAUGAGAAGAAAUCUAGAAGAUAAGGAAGGGAGCCUGUAAACUGUGUAACAUGGCUGAAAAGCUCAUUUGCUUCACUGAAAAGAUCAUGAGGAUCCAAGCUAAUUCUCCCCUAAGAUGUAAGAUGGAAUUCAGUGGUUGACUGUUUUGAGCUAUUUAUUAAGUACUGGCCUAUUCUGAUGACGUUUUAUGAAGAAAAUAAUGGCAAAAAUGGAUGGAACUAUUACACCUAAAGUAGUCAACAUCGGACUAAAGAGGAAUGUAGAAGAUAUGCUGAAAGUACUGAAACCUAUUUUCAUAACCUUGGACAAAUUGCAGCAGAAAGAUUGCUACUGUAUUGCUGAUGAAGAAGAAAUGUGGAAAGAAUUCAGACAUUGAAGAAAUGCCAACAACAAAGUUAAAUUGCAGGCCAUAAACUAGCAGAUGGAUAAAGCACCUAUGCUACCUCAUUUCCUUGCCAAUAUUCUCAACCCAAACUAUGACGUACUAAAGGACACGUUGGAAAAGAGAGGUGCACUGGGACAAAUAAAAGCAAGAAUCAGAGCUGAAGUUUUUAAUGCGUUGGAUGACCAAAGUGAACCACGGCCACCACUGUCUCAUGAAAAUCUUCUAAUCAAUGAGCUAAUUCGUGAAUACUUGGAAUACAAUAAAUAUAAAUACACUGCAUCUGUUCUAACAGCAGAAUCUGGUCAACCUGAAGUACCAUUGGAUAGACAAUUUCUUGUCCAUGAGCUGAAUAUAAUGGAAGAUCCAAAUAGAAGAUCAGUCCCUCUCUUGUAUGGAAUUAUAGCUCAUUUUUUACAUGGUAGUAAAGGAGACAUCCAUGAUACGUUUCCAAAAGGAUCUUCACUGCAGUUUCCAGGACAGAACCUCAGCAAACUACCUAAUGAAAGAAAUCGAAAGGAUUCAAUUCCAGAACCAGGGAGAAUGGCCGGCACUAGCAUUGAAGAUCCCCUAAUUUUACAGGGUGUAAACAGAUGACAAUUCAGUUUUUUGUCCAUUUUUCAUUUAAACAAUGAAGACUGGAUCCUGCAAACCCUUAUUCACAUGAAUAGUUCUUGCUUACGUAAGUUGUCCCUUUGGCUUUGGUGGGACUUCUUGAAUGAGUAAAGGCUACUCAUAAAUCAGACUCUGUAGGAUGAGGCCCACAAUAAUUUAUUGCUGGAAGAGCAAAGUUAGCUCAGGGCCUGUUCCUGCUAUGCAAGAAGGGGCCCAAAAUGUUUUCAUCUACAAAAAUAAGAAUUUUCAGGAGUAUUUAUUCUAUUCCAGAACUCACUAUUGAACUCAAUCUUUACUCUCAUUACUUUACACUACUUUUUCUGCACCUGUGAAAUUACUAUUACUGUACAUGUGAAUAAAAGCUAACUUCAUUUUCUGUUUUA